AUCAGCAACGUUGUUAAAGGUCCCUCCUUUUCCCACAAGCACCGGAACCAGGCGGCACCACGUGACUCCCGAUGCCCAGUUGAUCACACCGCAUCAUGGCUGCGGAGGAUGCGGCCGCGCGGUGCCGCCUCGGGUCCCCCGCGUCCUGCGGGGCCCCUCUCUCUCCGUCCCGCUGUCUGUGGAUCCUGCUCUGCCUCGGCGGGCUGCUCCCCGCUCCUUCUCUCUGCCUCCUCGGCUUCCGUCCGGAGGAGACCGGAGCGGAGCUGUCCGUGGCGGACGGGGUGCUGAAAGCCACGGAAGGGACUCGCUUCAUUCUGCGGGUCUACUACUCCACCUCCCCGCAGAGGCUGAAUCGCACCGCGGGGACCCGUGCCAACAAUGCCGCGCCCUGGAUCGCCUUCAUUGAGGAGCCGAGUCCUGGCAGAGAGGGGCAGGUCCACCCCAAGAGGAACAUGUGCAUGGACAAAAACGCCAGGACGUCCGACAUCGAAGUUUUAGGUUCCUUUAAAUCUGCUUCCAGUCAGAACUCAGUGCUGGUCGAGCUGCUGGCCAAAGACCUGCGGAGGGGGGAGAAGAUUAAGUACUACUCCAUGUGCGCCUUCGAUGGAUCCAAGUGGGAACACUACCGGACCAGGGACUUCUGGGUUGCCGUGACAGAGCGCUCUGCUGUGCCGGAGCUCUGGUUGCAGGUCCUGGUCUCCGUCCUCCUGCUCGGGCUCUCUGCUCUUUUCAGCGGACUGAACUUAAGCUUGUUGGCGCUGGACCCCGUGGAGCUACAGGUCCUCCAGAACAGCGGCACCGACAAGGAGCAGAACUAUGCCAGGAAAAUCGAGUCCGUGCGUCGGCACGGGAACUACGUCCUGUGCACAUUGCUGCUGGGCAAUGCGAUCAUCAACGCGUCUCUGGCGGUGUGGAUGUGCCAGAUCCUGGGCAUGACCUGGCUCUCCACUGUCAUUUGCGCGUUCGGCAUCUUCUUCAUCGGAGAGAUCCUUCCCCACUCCGUGGCAUCGCGUCACGGUCUGGCCAUCGCGUCCAAAACCAUCUGGGUGACGCGGCUCCUCAUGGUGCUCUCCUUCCCCAUAUCUUAUCCCAUCAGUAAACUCCUGGACCUCAUCCUUAACCAGGAGAUCUCUAACUUCUACACCAGAGAGAAACUCCUGGAGAUGCUGCGCGUCACAGACCCGUACCACGAUCUGGUAAAAGAGGAGCUGAACAUCAUCCAAGGAGCGCUGGAGCUGCGCACCAAAACCGUGGAGGACGUCCUGACGCCGCUGACCGACUGCUUCAUGCUAGCGUCGGACGCGGUGCUGGAUUUUAACACCAUGUCAGAGAUCAUGCAGAGCGGAUACACCAGGAUCCCGGUGUUUGAGGACGACAGGUCCAACAUAGUGGGCAUCCUCUUCGUCAAGGACUUGGCCUUCGUGGACCCGGAUGACUGCACUCCGCUGAAAACCAUAACCCAGUUCUACAAACACCCGCUGCACUGCGUCUUCAACGACACCAAGCUGGACGCCAUGCUGGAGGAGUUUAAGAAAGGGAAGUCCCACCUCGCCAUUGUGCAGCGUGUGAACAAUGAAGGUGAGGGCGACCCAUUCUAUGAGGUGAUGGGCAUCAUCACAUUGGAAGAUGUGAUCGAGGAAAUCAUCAAAUCAGAGAUUCUAGAUGAGACGGACCUCUACACUGAUAACCGCACCAAACGGAGAGUCUCCCACCAUGACAGGAAGCAGCAGGACUUCUCCAUAUUUAAGCUUUCAGAAAACGAAAUGAAAGUCAAGAUUUCCCCUCAGCUCCUCCUGGCAACACACCGCUUCCUCUCAACAGAGGUGGAACCUUUUAAACCCGCCCACAUCUCCGAGAAGAUCUUACUGAGGCUGAUCAAACACCCCAGCGUUGUCCAGGAACUCAAAUUUGAUGAGAAGAACAAGCGAGCUCCACAUCACUUCCUGUUCCAGCGCAACAAGCCGGUGGACUACUUCAUCUUAGUCCUGCAGGGCCGAGUCGAGGUGGAGUUCGGUAAAGAAUCGCUAAAGUUUGAGAACGGAGCCUUUUCUUACUAUGGGGUACCUGCCAUCAUGUCAACCGUGGCCAGAUCGUCCUCCCACAGCAGCGGCUUGGAGCGCUCUGAGUCAACGCUGUACGCCGGAAGCCCGGGCCAGCUGAACGGAGGGGGGACCUUCUACCUGCCUGACUACUCUGUGAGGCAGCUAACACCCCUGCAGGUCCUCAAGAUCACACGAAGCCACUACCAGAACGCGCUCACAGCCUCACGGAUGGACAGCUCCCCUCUGACUCCUGACGCUGACGCCCGCCUGGCAGAGGCCAACACCCCGACCCCCGAUCCUUCGGCUACAGAACAUGCUGCGACACUCAUGCCCUUCCAGCCCACCACGGCCACGCUGCUCCCCCCGCCCAGGGAGCCCGGUCGACCCAGCUCUGCCCGGACCAGAGGACAGCAGUCCAACGUCCCACACAGCACCUCUAUACUGAAUGAGAAGAACCGGAUCGUCCGGAGUAAGUCCGACGGCCAGAAGAGUCCCAGUGACUCUGUGUUUCUGAGGAUGGAUGAGAUCCCAUACAUCAGAGAGGACAGAGCAGAGAUGGACACAUGCUCCGACAUGGCCUCUGUUCCCAUAGAAACGGAUACAUCGCCUUUCAUCAGCAGCCUGUCGCUGAGUGGCUCGGAGGACACGUUGGGCAAGAAACUGCUGCUCAAACUCAGUCACAAGAAACGGAAAAAGUCCUGUGAAGGAGACAGGAGCCCAGAGGACAUUUCAGAGCAGCCACUGGUGAAAACCUAGCAGUGUCUGUGAAACAGAGCAGAAGACUCCAUCAUCUGAUGGUUACUUAAGCAGUUUGUAAAGACUACCACUAUCAGAGUUUUAUCUGAAAUCACUCUCCACUCACCUGCACUGUUGGGACUUUAAAGUAAAACUAUCAUGUGUUGUAAGAGGUGGUGAAAACCAUCAUUUUGGACUUCAGGUUGUGAAUUAGAAACAAUCAUUAAAAUGAUAUAGCUUCUCA